CUUCGCGUGUGCUCUCUGCCCCGCCUGUUGCUGACCUUUGCGGUCUGUCUCCUGUUCCUCUGGCCAGGGCUGUCCCCGGAUUUGCAGUCAAUGGAGCAGAUCCGUCGUAUCAUGAGGCCAACAGAUGUUCCUGACCAGGGAUUGCUGUGUGAUUUGCUGUGGUCUGACCCAGAUAAGGAUGUUCAGGGCUGGGGGGAGAAUGAUCGCGGCGUCUCCUUCACCUUCGGGUCAGAGGUUGUUGCUAAGUUCCUGCACAAACACGACCUGGACCUGAUCUGUCGCGCCCACCAGGUUGUGGAGGACGGUUACGAAUUCUUUGCCAAGCGCCAGCUGGUGACUCUGUUCUCUGCCCCGAACUACUGUGGGGAGUUUGACAAUGCCGGGGCCAUGAUGAGUGUGGAUGAGACCCUGAUGUGCUCCUUCCAGAUUCUAAAGCCUGCCGAUAAGAACAAGCCGAAGUAUAUCAGUUUGGGGGCUAAUCAGUUUGGGGGCUAUAAUCCGAGUGGGAGGCCGGUCACACCACCUCGUAACUCUGCAAAAGCUAAGAAGUGAGAGGUGGGGCGAGGCCUGACCCAAACAACGUGCAAAUUACUGAGAUCCUGCUCUCUUCUGACUCUUGCCUCGUUCAACUACCCCCCCCCCCCCCCCCCCCCGCCACCCGCACCUCUACCUCGUAUAAUGCACAGUUCUCUUUGAACCCAGUGCUCUCUGAGGGAGCUCAGCUGGAAUUGGCCUCACUGGAGGAUCAUGUGCAGACACUCUGAAUCAAAAACAGAUACUCAGUCACCUCACUCAGGCCUGUGUCAGGGUGAGGAGAGGAACACAUUCAAGUCCCCUGCUCCCUGAUCCACCCCCACCCACCCCCCUUUGAUGCUGCAACAUAGGGGCACAGAAUUUUGGUUUUUUUUAAAAUAGAUUUAUUUCAUCAUGGUCGAAGAAUUAAAAAAAUAAAGCUUGUAUUUUUAAACAAUAUUAAAAUGGGCCGUGCAUCAGAACGGUGUGCCCUGACUUGAGUGAC